UCGCUAGCUGUCGCAAUGCGGUCACACUGGUUCGCGGACACAACAAGAUGGCGAGACUUGCCUCCGAAAUCUGUUAGAAAACGCCACAAGAGCAGAUAAUUAGUUGAGUAUUCGACCAGAAAAUAGUUCGCCGAAGUGCCGGGCAGCCGCGGCGUAUUUUGCAAAGUGUGUGCUUGGCCAGCGCAGCCCGAGAGUCGCGACAGGCGAUACCUUCUGCUGGCCUUGCCUUGUUGCUGUGCCCGUGUGUGCGUGAGCGUGUGCGGUGCGAGUGUGUGUGUGGGCUGCCAAGAGGGCCGAGAAUCGCUGAGUUUCCAAGAUGAUGAGCAACUACGGCAACAUGAUGGACUCACCAAAGUCAUCGCCCCACGGCGGCGGACGAUCACCCGUGGUGGCACGUCAAGACUCCUCCGGCACUCUGAAAACGACCAUUUCGCUGGGCAAGACGCCCACGAUCAUUCACACGGGGCCAUUCUACUCCAUGAAGGAACCGCCCGCCAAGGCAGAACUUACCGGUGACAAGGAUCUCAUGACCGAGUACGGACUGCACCACACACUCACCAAGUUCAAAGAGAAGAAGUUCAAGGAGUCGCUGGCCUCGUUUCUUCAGAACAUCCCCGGUAUCAACGACCUCAUCACGCAUCCCGUGGAGAACAGCACGCUGCGGAGCGUGAUCGAAAAGCCGCCCAUUGGUGGAAAGGAGCUUCUUCCGCUGACCCCCGUGCAGCUGGCCGGAUUCCGCCUGCAUCCCGGACCGCUGCCGGAACAGUAUCGUACCACAUAUGUCACACCUGCGCGUAAACACAAAAACAAACACAAAAAGCACAAACACAAAGACGGCGUGACCACGGGACAGGAAUCCACGCUGCUCGACUCGGCCGGCCUGGAGACUUACGAGAAAAAGCACAAGAAGCAGAAACGCCACGAGGACGACAAGGAGCGCAAGAAGCGCAAAAAGGAGAAGAAGCGUAAAAAGAAAAACCAGAGCCCCGAACCGGGCGUGAGUCUGCUGCCCGGAGGAACGGGUUUGGGCGGAGCACCGGGUGUAAUGGGAGCUACUAGUCUGGGUUCGCUGGGAGGUGGACCUGGCCCCGGACUGUCCAGCCUUAGUGCCAGUAUGGGACCUGGCGUUGUGGGGAGCAUGAACAGCUUUUCCUCAUCUAUGCAGAUGCAGCAGCCCCAGCAGAUGCCCAUGCAGCAACAGCAGAUGUCAAGUGGUGGGCUUUUGGGAUCUGUGCUGGGCACGAGCGGCGGUUCAGGUGGCGGCGGCGGCGGGGGAGGAGGUGGGGGCGGCGGCGGCGGUGGGAGCCUGCUUAUGUCGCAGUUCUAGGCAGGAUCCUUUAGCAAAAUAGACUUGGCUCAUUACCUCUCAUCAGCAGACGCACCCCAAAUGGCAACAUAAAAAAAAAACGCAAAAGGGCCUCGGUCCUCUAAAUGCAAUUUUCUCGAUAUCGUUUCGUGUCCUAGUUAUUAAUUUAUGAUUAUCGUAAAUGUAAAAUAGUUUACUUCUGUAAUUAGCCAACAAUUUUUCGUUCGUUUUUCGCGCUAGCUUAAUGAGAUUUAUUUUAACGCAAGUUAUGGUACAAAACGCAAAACGUUUUCGCUCUCGAUUCCAGCUCUUCCCUCCACACAAACACACCCCUCGCCAAGCCCCCCAAAAAACCCACUGCUUUGCAACCCUUUUAUUUCGCUUACCAACCUUGUAACGUGUAGGGUCAGUAUUUCAAUUAAAUUUCUGCAAUGGUUUGUUCUUCCAGCAAGUUUAUAAACACAAAAGAAAGCUGAGAUUCAACAAAAUAAAAAUGCCUGUACUAUAAGUAAUUAAUUUUAGUGAUUAGGCACAUAAAACAAUAAACAAGUAUACAAAUGAUCAAA